AGGUUUUAAGGUUCAGGUUCAUUUGCUACCAGUCGACAUGGAAAUUUAUCGCCGUAGACCAUGUAGUUCCCCGAAGGGUGAUUUCCGAGUGGAAUAUGUCAAGCUGUCUUGACGAAGUUUUUUUCCAAUUGCCUCGAAUUAACCUCUCCUUCUUCCCCCCAUCAAGGGAAUAUGUCGGACUCCUCUGAAAUUCUCGCCAAUGUCGAGGUGUUAACCGCCGCCUUGUUUUUCGGCAACCUUUUCAAUUGGGGACUCUUCGGAUGUCUGGUGGUCCAAAUCUACUUUUACUAUUUGAAUUACUCGACAGACGGACCUGCAGUUCGGGGCGUCGUCGCGUUCGCGCUUGUUCUCGAGAUUGUUCAGACAAUAUUAGUGACCCAUGAUGCUUUCAUAACGUUCUGUUCACAAUGGGGCACACCGAGCGCACUUCUACAGGUCGGUUACAUCUGGCUCACCCUACCGAUAUUUGGGUCUUUGAUGAGCUUCAUCGCGCAAUCAUUCUACGCAUGGCGGCUCCACCUUUUAGCUAAAACACGUUGGCUUCCUGCGAUUAUCAUCCUGAUCUCCCUCACACAAUUGAUUGCUGGUAUUGUAACGGGAGCAAUUGUGAUAGGCAUAAAUGACGUGAGGGACUUACACAAGUCAUUCAAAGCCGCAUCAGUCUGGCUCGCAGGAACUGCAUUAUGCGAUAUCAUCAUCGCAAUGUCCAUGGUGAUCUUCCUAACAAGAUCUAAGACUGGGUUCCACCGGACAGAUGUACUCCUAACACGGAUCAUAGUCGUCACCAUAGAAACUGGCUUUGCCUCUGCAAUAGUAGCCUUGGUAGACAUGAUAUUGUUCCUCACGUUCCGGGACGAAAAUUGGCAUCUCUGCACAGCGAUGAUGCUAUCGAAGCUCUAUGCAAACAGUCUGCUUGUGGUUCUCAAUUCGAGGAAACGCAUAAUUACUCAAGCAUUUAGUGAAUCAGACGAAUUUUAUUCCAUGGGACGUCUGGCAUCAUCAAACAGGGUUGCAAAUAGACCACACACUAUCAACAUCUCGGUAUCUCGAGAGGUCCAUGGCGAUUCCGAAGCCAUUCAUGUUCCAAUGACUGGCUGUGAUAUAAAGGACAUAGAGACAGUCGAUUCUUCCAAGCAGGUUUGAGCCUGUACGUAUGUCCUAGAAAUAUAGUAAUGUGACGAUGCUGGAUUAUCGCUCGCACACGUAUAUUAUCGUUCCUCAUCUUAAUAUAUUGUGAGCAACCUGGCAGUCAAUGACGCACAU